AGCUCCAUGUUGUGGGCUGCUAAAACCCUGAUCUACAGUUGAGCUGGUGGAUCGGGUAUAAGAUAUAAUUUUCUGAUUAUAACCACUGAAAGCUGACGAAUCUAUAUUUUUUUGGGAAAGAUAAAAAACAAGCACCGAAGCAUAUCCCUUAUUUAGGUUAUUUAUCGCCGUGACACGUUUGCUCCUGACUGGGUACACGCGUUAGCGUCGCUGUACCAGCCAGGCUCUUAAGCCGAUGUCGUGGCCCGGUGCAAAAUUAACCAUUGUAUCGGUUUUUCUUUGCCGAGAUUGCUGGUGAUAAACCCAUGUAAAUCCCAUCUCAGCGAGAUGUAGACCGUGUCUACCUAUAGAAAUCCGCAUCUAUUCUGAUACCGCGCCGAGUAGAGGAAUAGAGGGAGGAAAAAUGGAGGCGAGCGGCCGUAGGUACAGGAGCGUCGCCCCGCAGCCAGCCAGCGGCAGGAAUCGGAGUUCAAUCCACUCUCUCGGCACCGACCUCCUCUGCGCGAUUUUUUCCCGUCUUGACCUCUUCGUACUCGUCCGCUGCUCCGUCGUCUGCAAGUCAUGGAACAAUGUCAUCUACCAAUCUUCAUUAAUGAGAGAUCUAUAUUACAAAAAGAAUCCACGUAUCAGGAGCAGCUCCGAUAUAUCAAUUCCUUUAGAAACAUCGAUGAAGAUCUAUUUAGAAGAGCUAGCCAUGGAACAGCAUAGAUUAGCUCUUACAAGUGGUUCUGCUGAAGUUCAUCAAUGGACUGGUCAUCCUGUCAGGUACGUCUUCUUGGUACCGAGCCCCGUACCAGUGCCGUACUAUUACUGUGUCAGUAGGAUACGGUACGAGGCUGGUUUGGCAUACCGAGUGUCGCUAUAUCUCUUAUACCGUAUAUCGGUGCUGAACCGGUAUGGUACAGUAUGCUUUAUACUGUCCGGUUUGGUAUGGGUUAAUAUAUGUCGCAUGAAGAGGGGAGUUAUUCUUACAGGAGUUGGAGAUAAGGUGCUGCGGCUAUGGUCUGCUGAAAGCUGCAAAUAUCUGGAUGAGUAUUCCCUCCCGGACAUGAACCCAUUAGUCGAUUGUGAUUUUGAUGAGAGUAAGAUUGUCGGUAUGACUAGUGCUCAACUAUGCAUAUGGAGGCGCAGAGGUCAAAGAAGCAUAUUUCAAUUACGUGAAGCUAUCUUCCAACAUGGCUUAUGCAUGCGCUAUGUUGAUCCGGAGGCUGUCAUUGGUUGUGAUGACGGCAGAGCCCGUAUUUUUGAUAUGUACAGUGGGAGCUGCUCUCGAAUCAUUAGGUACAUGUUGGAAGAACAAGGAAUCUCAUGUAUGAUAAUGCACUCUGGUCCAGUGACGUGCCUAGCAACUGAUGACCAAUUGAUCCUUGGUGGUUCUACAUUUGGAAGCGUAACUCUUGCAGAUCUCUCAUCUGGUGAACGAUUGGGAUUUCUAAAAUCAUCUUUUUCACCUACAGGCAUGAAAAGCAUGUGUUUUAACCCGCAUUCAUUCUUACUAUUUGCGGGAUCAACUGCUGGUUAUGCUCACUGUUGGGAUCUCCGGACUCUGAGACCUCUCUGGGAGGUACGGGCUAGUUCAAAUGUCAUCUAUGCUACGCAGCAUCUAUCAAGUGACACAUCGACGUUGGUUGUUGGGGGACUUGAUGGUGUACUUCGCAUUCUGAAUCAAAGCACUGGUGAAAUCAUUUCCAGCUUGGUGGUAAAUGCUUCCUUGAAAGACAAUAAGGAGGUUGUUGAGAAGAAGGCAAGUGUGCUCUCUGGAGUCUCCUUUGUGGAAAGCAUUCCUAGAUGCUUGCGGCCUCCCAUCACCUGUCUGGCUGUUGGCAUGAGGAAGGUUGUCACUACUCACAAUGAGAAGUUUGUUAGGGUAUGGAGAUUCCAUGAAUAGUUAAUUGAUGAUAAAGCUCUCGCAAAUGGGAGUUUGGAACUAGCAAUUCAUUUUGUUGAGAAAUUUGAAUAUGCUCACCAUGUGGUUUUCAUCUUCUUAAGCUGUGGUGAUGGAUCUGAUAUGGAUACAGUGCUAAUGCUAAAAUAAUGGUUUAUGGAUUUUCUCCUUUUCUUGCUAA